CCUGGUAGGCCCAAAAAAUUGAGGAGGAGACAACCUAAUGAGUCUCCUACUCCAUCCUCUGAAACUAGGCUUAAAAAACUUCAAAAUUCAGUGAAAUUUGGAAAGUGUGGUAAACAAGGCCACAACUCUAGAACUUGCAAGAAUCAACAGUCUGAAAGUAGAACUCCAGUGGCAAGAAGCAUGAGUGGCACUCAUUCUCAGUCACAAUCUAAGUCUCAUCUCAAGCUCAGUCUUAAUCUCAGUCUCAAGCUCAGUCUAAGCAUCACUCUCAGUCUCAGAAAAGAUCAAAGCUACCUGAGGAGGAGAGAGUCUGCCACAGUUGGUGGUGUAAACUUAAGUGGAGGCACAAACAGAGUGUCUUCAAUUAAUAUGAUGCAAUCAUCUUCUGGAACUGAACCAAUCAUUGUGAAGGGAGGUGUCAACUACAUUACCCUUUCAAAUUUAAGAGCUGUUGCUGCUGCUCAGGGGACUCCAAAGCAAAAUGAGGGACAAAAAUCCAUU